AUGACGUGUAAUCCGAAGUGGCCUGAAAUCCUUAAAGAGUUCUUGCCUGGUCAAACCGCACAAGAUAGGUCGGACCUUGUUGCAAGAGUUUUUCGUGCCAAAUUAGAGGAUCUUAAAAAUCAACUCUUCAAGAAGCACAUCCUCGGAGAGGUUGGGGCCUAUGUUUAUGUCAUCGAGUUUCAAAAACGUGGUUUGCCACAUGCACAUAUCCUCAUGAUAAUGAAACCAGAACACAAGAUUACAAACCCAAACCAUUACGACAAGAUAGUUUGUGCUGAAAUCCUGGACCCGACAAAGUGUCUUGAAAUGCACGAGCUGGUGAUAAAGCACAUGAUGAAUGGUUCUUGCGGCCAUUUACGACUGUUUAGCCCUUGUAUGGAAGGUUUGCUCAAGUAUAUAUCUGUGAAAUAUGUGUUCAAGUAUGUUUACAAGGGUCAUGACAAACAGGUUAUUCAUGUUGAUCCUGAUAGAGAAGAGGUCCAUCUUCUGAAUAAGCAGUUGGUUAGGUUCAAAGAGAAUGAUAUAAUGACAAAUAUCGUUGAUAGAGAGAGGGAUAAAAGCUCAAUGUUGACCGCAUUUUUUGAGAGGAAUAGAACAUAUAUGAUUGCGAGACAAUAUUUAUACAAGGAUUUUUCAAAACAUUACAUAUGGAAUGCCAGUUCAUGUAAAUGGAAUCCUCAAAAACAAGGAUCAAUGAGAGGACGACUGGUUUAUGCUAAUCCUGCCGAAGGAGAACGAUAUUAUCUACGCCUACUUCUGUCUCAUAUUAGUGGGCCCACAUGCUUUGAAGAUCUUUACACGGUUAAUGGCAUAAUACAUCCGACAUUUCGAAAAGCAACUCUUGCGAGAGGUUUAAUUAAGACCAAUGAUAAUUUAUCGCAUUGUCUUGCCGAUGCCUCCUUAUUUCAGUUUCCCAAUGCUCUUUGA